AUGCAGCCUGGUUUUAGUAUCAUAGGGUCUUUAGUGUUGCUGCUCCUUUCUUGCUACCUGUGGGAUGCAGAAGCCAUUUGCUGCUGGCCAGGUGUAAAGGAACGUAAUCGUAAAGCUGUCUCCACCAUUUCAGUGCGUAAUGGAGGACGAUGGGGACAAUGGGGACCAAAGCACUUCUGUCCCAAAGGCUAUGCGAUUGCAUUUUCUCUUAAGGUUGAGCCCUUCCAAGGGAUUUUGCAUGAUGAUUCAUCUCUAAAUGGGAUCCGCCUGCAUUGCAGUGAUGGCUCAGUCGUCACAUCUGCAGUAGGACCGAAGGGUUAUUGGACGCUUGCCAAGUCUUGCCGUCGUAAGAAUCUCAUGCAAGCCUUCCGGCUCAGAGUCUCAAGACCCCAGGUUGAUGGUGAUGAUACAGCAGCCAACAACAUUCAGUUUAAAUGCAGCAAUGGAGUUCGGCUGCGUGGAAAAGGAUUGGCUUGGGGCCGAUAUGGAAAAUGGAGCAAAUCCUGCAAACGAGGCAUUUGUGGUCUGCAAACAAAGGUAGAUAAGGGACAGAGACUGGGGAGAGUGGAUGCUACUGGACUCAAUGAUGUCAGGUUUUUCUGCUGCAAAGAUUAA